AUGGCACCGCAGGCGGCGUGUGUGCACGAGGGCGGCGGCGUCGAGCGCCGAGCAGCACACCACGAGCGCGAGCGGCAGCGCAGACAACGCGAGGCAGCGGGCGGCACGACCGAGCCGGCGGCGGAGGAGGCGAUGGACGUCGAGGCGGUGAGCGCCGCGGACGUGCUGGCCGGCGUGGAGGAGAGCGGCCCGAACUACGCCCUUCCGACGGCGAGGGAGGGCCAGAGGGAGCGGCGGGAGCGGCUGCGGGUGGACGAGACGGCGAAGCAGGCGGGGCACACCAUCGUGGAGACGGGAACGCACGUCGAGAUCCUGGGCGAGCAGGGCUUGUGGUGGCCGGCCACCAUCGCGGGGCGGGAGGCGGACGUGGACGGCCGGCUCGUGCACGAGGUAGGCAUAAGCGGAGCAGCUGAGUACUAUGAGCAGACUAUGAGGUACUAA